UGGCUACCCUGCCUAAAAAAAAAAAGAGAAGGUCGAAAUAAACAAAUCAUCUUUAUUUCACAUCAAACCUUUCUUGCCUACGAGUACAUAAUAAACACACUUUCUCAUAUCUCCCUUCACUUCACAUCACAUCACAUCACCACACUUUUGUACAUUCACCACACAUAUACUCCAAAAAAAUACAAUUCGAAAAAAGUCCCAAAAGUUGCAAAAUCCUUCACUUACUUAUUAAUUGGAUUGCAUUUCCUUUUCCUAUUCCUAUUCCUCCUCACAAAAGUUGAUCAUCAUGAAUUACGCUAUGGAGGAUACACAGAACACUUCCCCAGGCGACGUACCACCUGCUCAAGCCGCCAAACUUGCUCCUCGUAAAGGUCCCGAUGCUCAGAGUACCACCAAACGUCUCCAAACCGAAUUAAUGCAACUCAUGACCUCUGCCGCUCCUGGUAUCUCCGCGUUCCCUUCUGCAGAUGGCAAUCUUCUUUCCUGGACCGCGACAAUCGAUGGACCAGAUGAUACCCCAUAUGCAUCGAAGAAAUUUAAGUUGUCUUUUGCGUUUCCAUCCAACUAUCCCUAUGCACCACCAACCGUUCUCUUCAAGACUCCUAUCUAUCAUCCCAAUGUCGAUUUCUCGGGUAGAAUUUGCUUGGAUAUUUUGAAGGAUAAGUGGACCGCCGCGUAUAAUAUUCAAACGGUGUUGUUGAGUUUGCAAAGUCUCUUGGGCGAACCUAAUAAUGCAUCACCAUUGAACGGCGAAGCCGCAGAGUUGUGGGACAAGAACCCUGAGGAGUUCCAGAAGAAAGUUAAUGGUCGUCACCAAGACAUUGAUGACGAAUAGGUUUUUGGGGAAGGAGGAGUAGAAAACAUCGUCAUUCAGAUACCCGGCGUCAAUAUGUUUAUGAAUUGGAGAUUGUGCAUGAUGGACCUUAGUCUAUGUCUCGGCUCGGGCAUUGGGUUAUUGCUACAUUCUCAGGAUAGUACAGGAGGGCGUAGUCCUAUUGGGACUUCGAAGGUUGUAUUCUUAUUUUGGACCUUCAAGCAAAAACAUAACAAAUGAACGCAUUGUUAAAUAUUUUUGAA